UCGUUUGCCUGUACAAAAAAGGAAAAUUAAAUUGUGAAUGGCGUCAAAAGUUUGGAAGUUUUGUUAAAAAAAAUCAUUAAAUUUAAAACAAAUUUUUAUAAUUGAAAAUAAGUGAAAAAUUAGAAAAAAAAAAAAGAUUGUAUAACUUUAAUAUAUAAAAAUAUUAUGAACGGAUUGAACGAAAUGGGAGCUAAUGAUAAUGGUGAAAAUCAAACUUCAUAUGAAGAGCCUUACGGUAUAGAUAAACAUUCUCCAAGUAAACGUGCUAAAUUGGAAACAGAAGCAUGAUGAUGUCAGGUGAGACACACGAGACCUAUGAAAAACUCUCUGAUGAUACACGAUUCUAACCAUAUUCUUGUCAGAGAUGAAUCGAUAUUUAUAAUAAAAACUUGCGAAUGUAUGUUGUAUCGAAUGUGCGAAUCCCUGAAUGCACAUUAGUAAUGGGUCUGCGCAAAUUCAUUAAAAAAAAUUAAAUUUAUAAUUAUAUUACUAUUAUCAAAUAUAAUUUUAACUUCGGAAAAUUAAUUUGACGUUUAUAUAAACAAAAUUAUAAAAAAUGAGAAAUUAAUGUGAAAGCUAUUUAAAGUCAACCAGUUUUUCUCUUCUGCUUAUUAUCGUUUCAGAUGUUUUUGAUAAAAUUUAAUAUAAAAAAAAACAUUUUUUUUUUUUGCAUAAAAAGCGAAUUGAAUGAAUAAAAUCGAAGAAAAAAAAAAGAAAAAAAAAGAAAUGAAUGUAAAAAAAAAAAAAUAAUAUUAAAUUAUUGGAUUUUUGCUACUUGCAAAACAAGAAUAAUCAAAAAUAAUUUUUAUUAUUUAGAUUAUAGAAAAUUAAUAAUAAAAUGAACAAAUAUGUGCAAUUUCAAAUGGAAGAUGUCAAAGGCAGUGCCGAAUUGAAUGCAGCAAUAUUAGCAGCAGCCUCACAUCAACAGCAACAGACAACACAAAUUCAAGCUCAUAUACAAAGUACUUCUUCACAACAGCAACAACAGCAACAGCAAGCUCAACCACAAAUUAUUACUUUACAGCAGUUACAAAAUAUAUUGUCUCAGCAGGCUAUGGCAGCUGCUGCAGCUAACACAACUACGGCCGGAACAAGUGCAUCAGGAACGACAGCUUCAGCUGAAGCAAUAUCAAAUGGACAAAAUUCUGGUGGUAUAAAGAUAGACCCAAUAAAAUUUGAAAAUAUUCAAAUACAACAUCAGCCACAACAGCAAACUCAACAAGUGUUAAACAUACAAAAUUUACAAAGUCUGCAAAAUUUACAAAAUUUGCAAAAUCUACAAGCUGCUGCAGCAGCUGGAAUACCGCAGCAAUUUAUUCAGGGAGGACAAAUAAUACAAGCAGCUGCGCCAAAUACUGGUAUACCAUCUAAUGGAAUGUUUCAAAUGGUUCAGCCAUUGCAAACAAUUAAUAUCGAUGGGCAAGAAGCACUGUUUAUUCCGAAUGUGUCGAGUCCGCAAAUUCCAGCUGGUUCUCAAGCUAUACAAAUAAAUGGUCAGCAAGCAUUUUUAACACCUCAAGGACAAAUAAUCAAGGCACCGCAAAUUGCGGCAACCCCACAAAUUCUUCCAGCACAACUUAUACAAAAUAUUCCACAAACAGUUCAACUUCCAAAUGGGCAAACAAUACAAAUUAGACCACAAAACACAAUGCCAAAUGUUGUACAAUUUCCGAUGCCAACACAGACAAUCCCUGUUCAAGUACCAAUACAGAACGUUAAUGGGCAAACCAUUUAUCAAACAGUUCAAGUUCCAUUGCAGGCAUUAAGCGGAUCAAUGCCAGGAAUUAUUCAGCAACCUCAACAAAUGCAAAUAAUUCCGCAAUUUGCACAAGUUGCGAAUAUAAUAACUCCAUCAGGUCAAAUCCAACAAGUUCAACUAGCCCCUCUUAAUCCUAUGUUACAUGCUGCCGCGGCUGCUGGUAGUUUACCUUCAAAUGUAAUUCUCCAACAAGCUACACAAAAUUUGUCGCAAAAUGAACAACCGUCAACCUCUAAUAUAAGUCAGAGUACUAAUUUAGCAGGACAAGUACAGCAACAAUCAGCAAACAGUCAAGCUACUCAUAACAGUUCGGCGCAGGAAUCACAGAAUCAAACACAAAUACAUUCAGUGCAACCAAUAACCAUUACCAACGCUCAAGGCCAACAGAUUACUGUGAUUCCGACGCAAGCAUUACAACAGUCAUUUAGACCGGCCUUGACAAAUCCUACAGCUAAUAUUAUACAGAUGCCAACAAUUUCAGGUUUGCAAACACUGCCAGUACAAAAUAUUCCAGGAAUAGGAAAUGUUCAAGUGAUACAGGUUAAUCCAAUUGGACAGCAAAUACAAAAUAAUCCAAGUUCUUCACAGUCUGUGGUAGCUACUGCACAGAAUCCUACAUCAACAACUGUCCAAACAUCUACAGGUAGCGGGAUUGCACCUUUGAUUACAAGUAUAAAAGCCGAACCACAAGAUAUUAAAUGGAUUCAACACCAUAUAAUUGCCCAACCGCAAACACAAGCUCAGUCCCAAAGUCAAACUCAUCAGACAACUACACAGCAGCAUCAACAUGCACAACAAACACCACAACAAACUCAAACACAGCAACAUGUUGCGACACAACAACAAAUUCAGCAACAACAGCAGCAUCAGCAUCAAUCCCAGCAGCAACAGCAACAACAGCAGCAGCAACAACAGCAACAGCAGCAACAACAGCAACAGCAGCAACAACAACAACAGCAGCAACAGCAGCAGCAACAUCAGCAAAUACAACAAACUCCAAAAUUUUCAACACAACUCCAUCAAUUAAAAUCUCCACAAACUCAACAAAAAAUUGUUGCUGUAUCUCAGCCAGCAACUCAAAUAGUGUCAAUACCAACAACAAUUUCUAUAAAUCAACCUGCUCAAACAACUCAAACAACAACAGUUUUAGGCUCAAUUCAAGCAGCUGCCCCAAUUCAAGUUCAACCACAAAACACAUCAAAUCAGCAACAACAAAAUUUUAGUACGCCAGCCUCUGGGGCGCCGCAUGGCCCUAAUCAAACGUCGAUAAAUGUUAAUAUAAAUGUUAAUGAUGGGAGUGAAGUGAAGCAACGUGUCAAAAGAGUAGCUUGUACAUGUCCAAACUGUACAACGGGUGAAAAGCAUACAGAUCGGAAAAAACAACAUAUCUGUCAUAUUCCUGGGUGUAAUAAGGUUUAUGGUAAAACAUCUCAUUUAAGGGCACAUUUAAGAUGGCAUACAGGUGAGAAACCAUUUGUCUGCUCUUGGUUAUUUUGUGGAAAAAGGUUUACAAGAUCAGAUGAACUACAAAGACAUCGAAGGACACAUACAGGUGAAAAACGAUUUCAAUGUACACAAUGUACAAAGAAAUUUAUGCGUAGUGAUCAUUUGUCAAAACAUGUAAAAACACAUUAUAAAACGCGUCAUGCGUAUGAACCAAUUAAGGCGGAAAUUAAAACUGAAGAAAUUAUUUUACAAGAUGAUACAGAAAGUUUUAAUUCACAGAGUGAACAAGAUUUAAAUUCGGAUACAGUACAGGUGCAACAAAAUACAUUAAAUGGUCAAAAUCCAACAAAUACUAUUGUUAUAUCAAUAGCAGGACAACAGCCAACAUCGACAUUAACACCACCAGUUUUUACAAAAAUAAAUUUAAAAAAAUCAACGUUAAAUACAUCCGUAAUUGAUCAAACAACGUAAAAUAAUUAAAAAAUGAUAAAAAAAAAUUUAUGAAAUUAAAAUUAAUUUUAAAUUAUAUAAAUUAUAGAUAUAAAAAAUUAUUUAAAACAAAAGAAAAAGAAAAAAAAACAAAUCAAUUAAGUUAAAAAAAAUUAUUAUAAAAGAAGAAAAUUACGUACUUUUUGGAAAAGUAAACAUUCUUUAUAUUAUAAAUAACAGUUAGUAUGCAAUUUUAGUGAAUAUUUAUACUCUAAUUAGUCAGUCAAUAUUUUCAAUCGCGAUAUAUGACAGAAGAAAAUGAAAGUAGAAUAGAAAUCGAUCGUACCAUUUAUAUUAAACAUGCCAUAAUUAUUUAUUUCCCACGUUUAUUUCCAAUUAUAUAAGAUAUAAAAAUACUAGAAUAAUUAAGGAUUUCAAUUCUAUAGAUUGAGGUUACCUCCUAAUUAAAAUUCAUUAUUAGGUGACGAUGUUGACGAAAAAAAGUUAUUAGAUAAUAUAUUUAUAGCAAAAUUUUUUUUUGUUUUUUCACUUCAAUUAUAUAAGUUUGUAGAAUUUUUUUUCAGUAAAAAAUGUACUUUCACUGACGUGCUUUUUUAUGAUAAUAUUAUUAACAUUUCAAUAAAAUUCUUGUUUUUAUCGUUAUAUUCUAAUAUUUUCAUUGCUUCGAAGUUUUGUUAACAUUCGAAGUUUAUAAAUAACAUUGUUAAGUUUCGGAAGAUCGAGCCGACCGUGAUAUGUUUUCAAAAUAAUAUCUUUUAUAUAAAAUUUUUUGUAUAUAAAAUGUUUUGAAUUUUAGUUACAAUUAAAAUUAUCAUUCUAAUUAAAUAAUUAAAUGGAAUGCAAAAAUUACUUAAAAUAUUUUAAAUUUUGUAUAUAAUUAGUUUAGAAAUUGGUAUCAAACACAAUGUUACAAGCGUUUAGCUAUUCGAAAAUGAAAAUUGAUUUCCCUUUUGAAAUUUUCCAAUACUUCCAUAUUACUAUGUAGUGUACUAUACUUAAAUUAUCUUUUACAAUGAAAUAAAUACUGGCUAGCUAGUAAUAUGAAUUCAUUACACAUUGUAUACUAUAAUUGUCAUAUAAUACAUGAAUAUAAAUAUUUAUGUAUAUAACAUGUGCAUAUUUUUAUGCACAUAAAUGUCAACAUAAAUUUUAUUUAUUUUUAUGUAUAUAUAUACGUAUAAUAUACGUAUAUUUUUAUGUAAUAGUAUAUAUUAUAUUCAUAUAUCCAAGUAUAUUAAAAAUUUAUUUGUAUUAAAAAAAAAAUAAAAAUUUAAUUAUUUUUAAAUUUGAUUAUUUGAUUAAAAAUGUUAAUUAUAAAUAGUAGUAAGGCAAAAAAAAAGAAAAAAAAGUUAUUUAAAUCUAUUUUAAAUUUUUAUUUUUUAUUAUUUCGAGGCGAAAAUGAAUACAUAUAUAAUAUAUAUUUUAUAUUAUUAAAUGAAAAAAAAGCAUUUUUAAUAUUUUUAAUGAAAUUUAUUUAUUUACCAAACAGCAUUUAAUCAUGCAGAAAUUUAUGUUUAUUUUAAAUAUGUUUAAUUUAAGUUAUUUUAUCAUAUUCUUUUUAAAUUAUUUCGACUAAGAUAUAAUUUACUUUCGUGCUGC